AAUGCCUCAAAAAAAAUUAUCUUAAAGAUUGAAAAAAAAAUUUGUGAUAACAAAAAAAACCUACUAAGCAGAAAAAUGAGAGAAAAAGAAAGAACCCAUUAGGUGUACAACCCCGGAGUCAUGUGUCAUACAAAAAGCUUCUAAAAAUAAACAUCAAAUCGCUAGCAAGAAAAGAAAAUAUACUAAAAAAUUUACAAUUAGAUCAUGGAAAAAUUAUAUCAAUUAACUCAAAUGAUAAUAAUGAGCAAAUGAGCCCCAUCUUUUCUCAAAGUCAAAUAAAGGUUCAAAGGUUGGACUUCUAAUUUUCUCCAAACUAAGACAUAGCAUCAGUUGAGAAAACCAUUGUGACAAAGUGUGAGCUGAUGUAUCCUUCUACUUCAACAAAAUGGCCCUCUUAGCUAUCAAUGUAACAAAUGCAAUAACAUGUUGGUCAGACACAGAAAUACCAUGAAUAUUUUGAGGAAUUAUUCCAAAAAGCACAGUUAAUUUAUUAGGUUGUAAAUUAAUUUUAAGUGCUUUAGAAAUUGUUGAAAAAACCGACUUCCAAAACUGUUCCAAUAUAGAACAAGACCAAAACAUAUGUGUCAGUGUAGCUAUCUCAGAUUUACAUCUAUCACAAUGACUAUCAACAUGACAAAAGAUUUUAGAAGGUCUGUCCUUUGUCAAAUGAUAACAAUGUACAAUUUUAAAUUGAAUCAAUGAAUGGCUAGCACAAAUUGAAGAGUUAACCAACUUCAAUAUCCGCAUCCAAUCUUCCGUCAUAAAAAUCAAAUUAAGUUCUUUUUCCCAAUCCUGUUUAAUCUUAAAUAAAGGACGCUUAUCCCAUUGUAAUAAUAAAUUAUACAUUCUUCCAAUAGAACCCUUAAUCAAAGGGUUCAUAUUCAUAAUAGUAUCUAACAGGUCAGCCUCCAAUAUGUAAGGAAAAUUUCUUAAAUAUUUUUGUAAAAAAUGUCUAACUUGAAGGUAUUGCAGAAAGUGUGAGUAUGAGGUGCCAAAGACUAAAUUGUUUCAUUCCUCCUAUUCAGCAAACCCAGUAUGCAACGUGAACAAAAUAAAUCACUGUCGAAGAACCAAAGUGAAAGAGCUAAAGCAAAAAGUUCCGCAUUUUAUUCAAAUGCACUCUUGCAGAGUGAAAUUACAUUAUUUUUGGGUUGUGAACUGGGCGUUUUCCUAAAGAAUGGGAGUCAUGGUGUCAAAAUGCGGUCCACACGCCCUGAAUAGUUUUGUCUGACACACUAUUUCCACACCGCUCCUCCAGCUGUUUGGUAGCAGAGCGUCAUAAUUGGGGCGAUGGCGCAUAGGGUGCCGGGAGUUGUCGUUCCGAGACCGCUCCGUCCAGUUGAAAUUCCUUCAUUUAGACUACAACGCCGACAGCGCGUGGGUGGAGCAUGCGCGCUGCUCCUCUUGGAGCUGUCAGCGGCAGUCUCCCUUCGUCCCAGGCUGUGUAUCAGCUGAUUUGGAAAUUUCAGACAUUGGAUUCGAGUUUAAAAUCGGAACGCGGCGUUGGCCGGCCCCGACAAUGAUACAUCUGGGCGGAGCUGGGUCUUGAAUGAGUGUUAGGACUCUCGAUCGCUGUGUCUGUCCCUUGUUUCCAUUGCUCUAUAAUAAGCAGGGCAUUUUUUUUGCAGUCGCUUUCUUUUUGCCUUCGCCAUGCUGCUGACGAGGGUUCUGCGCCCGUCCCGGGCUCUGUUUUCCAGCCUGACUUCAGCGAGUAGACCGAAAAGCUGCAGGUCCCUCGCUCUUGAUCCGUUGCUCACGCGGUCGAGCAUGGCCGAGCUGGCUCCUUACCGGCAGGGAUAUGGCACCUAUUCGUCCAAAGAGCCAGUGGAGCCCCUCUACACGGCUCAAGGAGCCCGCGACUUUGUGUACAGCCUGCACUCCAAGGAAAGGAUAACUCUUCUUCAGGAGCUCCAGAGGUUCGAAUCCAUGGCUGCGGCACAAGCAACCCCUGGACACCGCUAUCCUAAAGCCCAGAUUGUCGUAAGUGGGAAGUGGAGUGAGCAGGCAGCUGCAGGAGAAAUGCAAGUUAGCCCUCCAUCAUCAGCACAGCAGAGAUAUGUGUUUCUUCACAGUGCAAUUCCUUUUAUUGGGUUUGGCUUCCUCGAUAAUGCAAUAAUGAUUGUUGCUGGAACGCAAAUCGAGUUGUCCAUUGGGGUUAUUUUUGGAAUUUCUACAAUGGCAGCUGCAGCACUGGGUAACCUUGUGUCCGAUGUAGCUGGCCUAGGUCUUGCAGGGUAUGUUGAGGCUCUUGCAUCAAGGCUGGGGCUACCGAGUCCUGACCUAAACCCAAAGCAGGCCGAUAUGUGGCAAACUCGACUGAGCUCACAACUGGGAAAAGUUAUAGGAGUGACCAUUGGUUGCUUACUAGGAAUGUUUCCACUACUUUUCUUUAAAGCAGAAGAUGAGGAAAUGCAGCAGGAACCCAAGAACUGAACUAGUUUACUGAGCACUUCAUCUGUUGGCAUUCUGAAGGAAUACUGGGAAAUGGGCAAUCAAUCCAGACCAGGAACAUGGACAAACCUCGUGUCACUACUACAAUCAUGGAGAAUAUAUUGAUUGAUUUUUUUAUCCAAAAAGCAGACAUAGUCACUCAAAGUGCAGUCACGUGAUCUUUAAAGUACAGAUUCACUGCAUGUCAGACUGCCAUAUUUUCCUUCCUCAUUUGUGAUACUUUGAAAAUUUAUUUUGUCAAGUAGUCAAUAAACAUUUCUGUCAAUAAAUCUAGUUGUAGAACACGUCUUAGCAGUGAUAUUAAAUUAUGUAUCUCUCACAACUGAUGAAUUCCUAUUUUGAAAGGUUUACAUUUUAGAUGCUGCAAUAUUUAAGUCUUAUGAUUUGAUAAAAGGCAAAUGUGCGUUUUAUUUAAUUGUGAAAGUUAAAGUUGUAUUUCUAUGUUCAUGUAAUACUUAUUACAAUUUUACUUUUUGCAUUUCAACUUGAUAUUUUGGACUACAUUUGAACUCCAGAACAGCACUAAAUAGUAGUAGUUACAGGCACUGCUCGCUUUGAGUUGCAGUGCUGUUAAGUUCAAUCAAAAAUACUGCUGAAUAAGCACUUUGAAAGAUCACUCCAAUCUCAAUAUUAUGGUGCUAAUGUAAGACAAUGUGUUUUGUUUAUUCAAAUACAAAGUUUAAAGAUUGAAAAUAUUCUGUUAAAAUAUCAUUUGGUUUAAUUUGACCUUUUCUUUGGACUUUCUAACUAGCGGUUCUGCUGUGAGGGCAGAAAUAAUGACUUUUUAACUGAAGUUGAUAUUUUGAGGGGAAGUUCAACAGUAAAAAUUAUACCUAUCGGCAUCAUUGUGGAGGAUGGCUGGAGUGAGAAACAUAUCUGAACUGUUUGUUUUCUUUCCCAUAUCGGCCCUUUAUUUUACUACUUUAUGGUUGUGGGCGAAUGAGCCUUUCUUUCCCUCGGGUCCUAUUGUUUUCCUUCUGAAGGGAAUGUGGACUGGAAUGCAUGUAUUGAUUUGUAUUAUAUUACUUACUCACUGAAGCCCAUCACCCCUAUGGGGCUUCAGCCACUGACAGCAGCUCGCCAGAGUCCUUUAUCCUGGACCAGUCUUUCAGGUUGUCCCCAGCUAUAGCCCAUCCUCUCCCAGGAUGAGGUCUUUGGAGCUUCUGUUGGUAUUUUUGUUGCUCUGGGUUUUUAUGGGAUGGGAUACCCAAUCCUCCUCCUUUUGCAUCCAAGGAACGAUCUAUGGCCGAGUUACUUGAAUGUGAUGCCUAAAAUAAUAAUGAGAGUAAAAUACCAAUAGUGUUGAUAAAAUUGUUGGAUCUACAGUAGGCCAAAGAGCAGUGGAGAUUUAAACUGAAUUAUUGUUUUGGGUCAGGGCUCUUGUGUUAGAACAAAUGAUAAAACUGAAAAUUAUUAAAACUGAGAUGAUUCAUUGUUUUAAACAAAUUGAAUCUGUGUUGCACUUUGCUGGUACUGAAUAUCAAAAAUGCUGCUUCCGACUAAGCACACAACUUAUCUUACAGGAGAUUUUUUUCAUGCAGUGUACUAGAAUUGAUGGCUAAUAAACUUAAACUUGACAGUGAGAUUUUAGUCCAAUUAUUUAAAAUUGCCAGUGGUGAUUUGUCUGGUUCUUGAUCUUAAACCAUAAGACCCAGGAGCAGAAUGAGUCUAUUUGGCCCGUCGAGUCUGCUCCACCAUUCCAUCUUGCAUGCAUCAUCUCCAAAUGUCAAGUGAAAUCUUGCACUGUACAACAGUUAAAUUUUGAAUUCUGAAAGACUCCUGAAAGAUGAACUGGGUUGAUGUUAUGAAAUGUUUCUGAUGACUGUCUGUGAGACUUGCCUCCAAGCUUCAGAUAUGUCCAGACUAAAUCUGCAAGAAAUUGGGCACCAAAAUAUGAUAAAUUAGUUCAAGAUCUUCAAAGUUGAUUUGCAGAACUGAAUGUUUGAUUGGUUUGUUGAUAAAGUACCAGGAUUUGUGUCUCUUGUAACAUGAGCAUUGGAUCGCUGAGAAUUCUGUAUUUUUAUUUUCAUAUAUUUUUGUUUCAAGAUUCAUUUUAAACAGUUUAAACCAACAAGUAAUAAAAACGUGUGUAAAUGAAGGUAAUUUAGAAUAUUCAUAUUUACUAGAUAUUGAAGACAACUUUGCUGUCAUGUAGAAUGCAUUUGUAAUUGUUGACAAUGUGGACCCUAGUAGCUGCUUUGUGGUUUCAUAGUCCAAUAAAAUGUAGACAAGAAGAAAAUUACAUUCUGAGACAUAUAUUUUCCACUGAGGGGUGAGAUUAAAAUUAGAGGUCAUAGGUUAAGGGUGAAAGAAGACAUGUUUAAGAGGAGCGUAAGGGGGAACUUUGUCACUCAGAGAAUGGUGAAAGUGUGGAACAAGCUACCAGUGGAAUUGAUGGAUGCAGAUUCAAUUUUAACACUUAAGAGAAGUUUGGAUAAGUAGGUGGAUGGCUGGGGGUCAUUGGGGCUAGACAGAAUAACAGCUAAGCACAGACUAGAUGGGCCGAAUGGCCUGCUUCUGUGCUGUAGUGUUCUAUGACUCCAAUUAAUCUGAACUGUUAUUUACUGUAGAUGUUACCACUGCCAUCACAACUUUUAGAAAUGCAAGUCUCCAACUUAAUGUAUAUCUACCAGAUAAUGAACGCAUUGCAGGGGAACUGAUAAGAAUGAAAUAUCUGGUCAAAAGUCCAACUAAUGGUGCAAAUUAAAUUAAAUUUUGAGCUCUUCUAAGGUUUGCUUUGUUUGUAGGAAGGUGGGUUAUCAUUUUUGUUAAUUAUAGAAUUAUGGUGGGAAUGACUAAAUGUAGAAAAAUGAAGAACCAUUUGUUACUGCUUAUUGAUUACCUUUGUAAAAUACAAACAGAAAUAUAUACAGUCCAAGCUACUAUUUUUUGCUUGUUAUUUUGAUGUUAACACAAGGGAAUUCACGGUUAAACUUGAUGUAUCUAAUUUGCAUUGCUAAUCUCACAGUUAAAAGUAAUUGGGUUGAAAGUCAAAACCAUGCAUGAAUAAUAAGAAUUUUUAUUUUGUUGAUGUGGAGAAAAUGGGAAAAAAAGAUGAUUAUAGACCUUAGGAGGUGCAGAAAAAUCAUGUUUGGGGUGGGUAGAACUUCAUCAGUGUUGAUCAGAGUUACCGAUUAUUUUUCCUUUUUAAAAAAGCAUGAAGCAGGUGCAGACAUUCAGUUAUCACCUGCACACAGCAGUGAUCCACGUGGCCUUGAUUAUAAUGUAACUACUUCACAAUUUUUUUGUGCAAGCAUAUUUAUUUUUCUGUGAGCAGUGAAAUAGUGUAUUGGCUUGUAGUUUUCAGCUUUAUGUUUAUAUCAUAAAUUUGUGUUCAAUAUUAAAAUAUCACUUGUAUAUAAUUUGCUGUUUAAAUAAAUAUAGGAAUCAUUUUCAUUUAAUGAUCAGAUGUUACUAUGAACCUUUAAAAAUUUCAUAUGCAAUCAUAUAGUUUGACAUUUUUUUCAUCUCAUCAUGUUUUCAGAUAUUGGGUAUUGGAAAGAUA